AUGUGGCCCAGAUUAAGUAAUUUUGGAGUGAGCGGUAAAUUUCUUUGUGUUCUUAAAGACAUAUAUUCCAAAGCUACGGUGGCAGUUGACAUAGGUCGUUCCGGUGCCCGUUCAGAGCCAGUUAGGGUCUCAAGGGGCGUAUUGCAGGGGGACCCGGCCAGUCCGCUUCUUUUUUUCCUGUACAUAGCUGACAUGGUGGAUUAUUUCAGAAAGAAGGGGCUCUCUAGACUUAGAAUUGGCAGUGAUAACGAUAUCAUUAUGCUUCAGUACGCUGAUGAUGUGGUGAUCCUGGCGGAUAGUGUACCGGAUAGGGACCGCGUCAAACUGGGCUGGCGACAAAGUUAA